CUUCUCAUCUUGUCGUCCUCCAUCAUGUCUAGGACCGCCGACGAGACCACACACGCUCAGUCCACUCCUCUUGUCGAGUUUCUCAACACCCUGCCAUCGCCUGUCACCACUGCUCUGGUCGGGCUUGCCCCGGUCAUCUCGAGAUCUCGCUAUCUUGCGCAGCUACUGGUAUGGAAGGCUGCGUGGGAGGACUGUUGGCUGUUUCUCGCUUCGUGGUGGGCUAUAUGCUUGGUACCUGAGCUGGGCCUUAGGUAUCUACUGCCUCUCGCUGUACUCUUGGUAUAUUUCCGCCCGCGCGGAGAUCCCAAUAUCCAACGAAGCCCUCCAACCAUCACUGAGGACACCCUCCAGCGUGCAAUCACCGAUCUCACCACCAUCCACGCUCUCCUUCCAUCUUUACCUCUGCCCGUACCCUCAAAACCACUGACGGUACCUAAGCCCCUCGUCUUACUCCGCUCAAUCGCUGUAUUGUACAUACCGUACUUCGCGCUCACGUAUGUUGUCCGCAUCCGCAUCCUCCUCGCCCUCUUCGGCACCCUCUUUUUAACUUGGCGGGCCCGUUGGGCUGUGGUCCUCCGUGGCGCUCUCUGGCGCAGCGCACAUAUCCGCUGGGCUGUCUACCGCUUGUGGUCAUUCCUGUCUGGGCAGUCCCUCCCCCCUCUCACGCGCUCCCCCCAAGCGCAGUCCGAAGCACGCCUCGCAUCCGUCUCCUCUCCCUCAUCGCUUCAGGCGCAAAAGAAACCUCUCCCAGACACAAACGUCCGGUUCCUUUUCACAAUCUACGAGAACCAGCGGUGGUGGAUGGGCUUGGACUGGACGGCCGCGCUCCUCCCUGGGGAACGACCUUCGUGGUGCUCGGCGUCGCAACAACCCGCGGCGCCACCGAGCGCGUUCACCCUCCCAGCGCCGACGACGGCGUAUACCCCCACAGCUGACGGGAAGGGCCGCGUGAAGCGCGUCGCCCGGUGGCGGUGGGAAGAGGACGAGUGGCGUGUCGUUGUAAGGCGGGAGGGCUCGGGAACGAGUCGGGUUGAGAGGCCGGUUCCGUCGGCGAAGGAGGAGAGCGCGGCUGCCGCGAGCGCGAACAGGAUUUUGAAGGCUGCGGGAAAGAUGCGCUCGGGAAGCCUGGACUUGAUGGAAAAAGGGACGGAGAAGGAGAGAGAUGCUCAGGCAAAUUCUGGAGAGGGGCAUGGGUAUAGUGGGGAACAUGGCACGAGUCCAAACGACAGUGCGCACGAUGCCAAGGAUGAAGUCGAGGUCGAAGAGCCUUUCACGGACGCGGAUGGGUGGGUAUAUGCGGACAAUAAAUGGGAGGGUGCGAGCAGUAAGGGUGGGAUGGGCAAGUAUACGCGUUAUCGGCGAUGGACACGCAUAGCAGUCCUCACGGAGACCGUUGAGAUUGUUGGACCAGGGGAGCUCGGAAUUCGACGGGACGAGUUACCGGCCCCAGCGCUGGAAGCAUCCGCCCCAUCCUUGGUCAUUCCGUCUUUGUCCCAAACAGUCGCAGCAGGCCCUCGGACUCCGCUCAAAGAACCAGCGGAUAACUCGAAUAACACUGCAAGCCGUCCCGGGCAUUCUCGCUCGUCGUCUUCAACAGCGAGCUGGCCCCCUGCGGAGGCGAUCAGCAGGGAGACAGUGACUGUCACACCAGCGAGCUCUCCUGCGGUGGACGACUCAGCGUCACGGCUAAGACAGCGGUUGAAGGCGGCUGUUCUCGGGACCGGGGACCAUUCGUAAGGAAGGGAUUGUGUCUUAGCGAGACGAUCUAUCACCUAUUAUAUGUUGUCUGUUGUAAUGCCAUUGUCUCCACCGCUCAGUAUCAUUCACCAGGGUGCAGUGACUUCGUGGGCAUAAGUGUACUUGGCAAACCAUAUGCUACCACCGCAGGAUGUAUCUCCGCACAUAGCGCCUAAGAGUCACCGCUACCAUUCAC